AUGAGGUGGUGUGAGGUCAGCAGGAGGUGGUCAGGUCAGCAGGAGGUGGUGGGGUGGGGUCAGCAGGAGGUGAUGGGGUCAGCAGGAGGAGGUGAGGUGGGGUCAGCAGGAGGAGGUGAGGUGGGGUCAGCAGGAGGUGAUGGGAUCAGCAGGAGGAGACUGUACAGGUGCAUGAUGGGAGCUGUAGUCCAGACUGUAGAAGCGCAUGGUAAUAGCUGUAGUCCAGACUGUACAGGUGCAUGA